AAAGUCGCUCAGUGCAGCAAGAAAAGUAUUCAGUGCAGCUUUUCCAGUCUUCGACUAAGCAUCAUACAGUAAUCCACCAAUCCACCAAUACAGCCAUCAUGAAAUCAACCAUCAGCUGCUGCAUCCUGGCGACAGUUCUACUCUGCCUGUGCGCUACUAGUACAGACGCGUUUGGCCGCAAACCGAAGAAACUCAAUCCCGAAUUGGAGGCCAAAUUCGAUGUGUUGACCGCUUGGAUUGCCUAUCGUCUCAAUUUGAAACAUGCCAAGGAGGCUUGUGUAGGAGAAUAUGGUUUUACGGAUGAGCUCGCCACCAAUCUGGUCAAAAUAAAAGUGGCAAACCCAAACGAUCGGGAAAAGUGUUACGUGAAUUGCCUCUAUACGAAAUUAGUCUUCUACAAAAACAACAGCAUCAAUACGCAAGCCAUGAAGGAAUCGUUGAGUGAAAUUGUGGGCGAGGAGCGUUUACUGAAUAUUGUCAAUUCGUGUUUGAAUGUCGGAGGUGCAAAUGACUGCGAUAAGGUGUACAAGUUCCAUGCUUGUGCCUCACCGGAAUUCGAUAAGGUGCGCGGAGACAUCUUCCAGCCCGAUGAGUAAAGAGCAAUUUGUGCUAACUAAGCAAAGAAAAAAUACUUAGUUUAAGUAAUUUUUGUGUAAGAUAUUUCGUGAGUUAGUUGAUAAUUGUAAAUUGUUCUUACUAAAAGUAUUUUAUUUGUUUGGAAUUAAAGUUGACUUUCUCGAUAUAAA